AUGGACUUUCAUUCAGGCACUCAUGAUGGAAGGCUUUCGCACUCCCAUUUAGCCACCAAGGCACAGAGGACUCCUCUUCAGAAUGAUGUCUACAGGGAAAGCGAGAGCCCUGCCGAAACGACGGCGGAAUUGGGUGACCCUGAAGACUCCCUUGACGAUUUUUUAACCCGACAAGACCCAUCCAUGAUUCAAUACGAGUCUAGCUAUCAUGACCCAUCUACUUGGAACGAGGGCCUCACCGUACCCGCUAUGAUCCCCGUAACAAACGAGCACCUCGCCUAUUCUAGAUCUCCACGCUUACCUAGUAUUGCUUCCCUCUUCAACUCGGGAAAUUUGGCGCCCAUAGAGUCUCCACCGGUUUCUCCGUCUGCCCUGCCAGCCAACCCAGCAACCUAUCGACCUCGAAGGCCCAAGUCUGGGAUACCAUAUCGCCUGUUUUCAGCCACCUCGCGAAGGCUGUCAGGAGCGGGUAUGGCUGCUGCUGCCUCUACUGCAGUAGGCUAUUCUUACCGUGAUUCGGUGCCCGAGAAAACGACACGAUACUCCCACGAUUCAAUUGGAAGCACAUUGUCUCCGGACCUCCACAGUGACACAUCGGUGCCCUCUAAGAACUCGCUAGGGCCUGAUGGGCUGUCACAGUCCUCAGACCAUUUAACGCAGCAUGCCUCCACAUCGGCCGGAUCCGAUGCUGAUAUCAAGGCUAUUAUUUCUCCGAGCAGGGCUCCGGUGGCUAGCUCAGCCACAGACCUCCCUUUGACAGGAGGUCUCAUUGCUCCCCUGGAACAUGAGCGGUUGGUCGAGCCCGUCGUUUUGACAGACACGACUGGCAUCUUAUGGAUGGACUUUGAGUACAAACUAAAAAAGAAAAGGUGGCGGUACCGGGUUCGUAUCAGCAACUUGGAGGCUGACAUCCCGGAGAACGCGCUCUCCGCCGAUUUCAAGCGCCAGAAUUGUAUCUAUCCGCACGCAAUGGUACCCAAGCAAGACUAUAUUGGCCACAGACAAAACUAUGAAAUGACAUGCAAUGACCUGGGGUGGCGUUUAUCAUAUUUGAAUCCCAGCAUCCAAAACCAGCGCGGCCUGAUCCAGCGUGCCGUCGACUCGUACCGAAACUCCAGCUCGGACCCUUCUGUGCGAUCUCGUCGGGCUCGCAAACUGCUCUCCAAAGGUGGGAAGCAAAACUUUUGA